AUAACCAAUCCCCAGCUUUCCCUCUUCAAAGAUCGCAAAAACCCUGCCUCCCAUUAUGGCCACUCCCAUUCCCGCCGGAAACCCAAUGUACGUCAGAAUCCGUCUAGCAGACGAGGAAGACGUUCCUCAUAUUCACCGCCUCGUCCACCAGAUGGCCGUAUUCGAGCGUCUGACCCACCUCUUCUCCGCCACCGAAUCCGCUCUAUCUUCCACUCUCUUCAGCUCCGACUCCCGCCCCUUCCACUCCUUCACCGUCCUCAUCCUCGAGCUCUCCCCAAACCCUCCUCCCCAACAAUCCUCUGCUUCUUCUCCAACUUUCCCCGACAUCGUCCGCCGCGUCGAUAUCAGCCCGCCGAUCGGCGACCCAGAGUCGGCGACCUUCACGUCCUCCCGUGGCGGAGGUGACUGGGUCGUGGCGGGGUUCGUCCUCUUCUUUCCGAAUUAUUCGACCUUCCUUGCGAAGCCCGGGUUUUACGUGGAGGAUAUAUUCGUGAGGGAGUGUUAUAGAAGGAAAGGGUUUGGGAAGAUGUUGCUGUCAGCGGUGGCGUCCCAGGCCGUGAAAAUGGGGCUUGGAAGGGUGGAAUGGUGCGUGUUGGACUGGAAUGUGAAUGCGAUCAGGUUCUAUGAAGAGAUGGGAGCUCAAGUCUUCCAGGAGUGGAGGAUUUGUAGGUUGACAGGCGGGGCCCUUCAAGCCUAUGGGAAGCAGAUGAAUGGAUCUGAUGAUUAGGUAUGGGUUUUUUCUUUCUCUUCAUUUUCUUCUUUUUCUAAGGCCCACCCAAAAAGAUGGGUUGAUCACAUUUUAGUUAGCAAUAAUCCUGUAUUAGAGAUCUUGAUUUGUGGACCUAGUUUGUUGGUGGUUUUUGUUACUUGAUUUUUGGAGCCAGCUGGGAGAACCAAAAAGCUGAAAAAUGAGGAAUUUGAAGAGUAAAUGUUGCACA